AUGAUAAAAUUAUUAAAAUCACAAGAUUUAAAUUAUGUAAAGACGCAACAUGAUCUUGGUCAAAAAAAAAUAGAGAAAUUAAAAAAUGAAAUACAUUUUAUUGAACCAAAUUUAAAAAGAGAAAUUGAUGAUAAAAAAUUAAAUUUAUUAAAAGACCAAGAUAAACAACAACAUAUAAUAUUUGUUGAUACAAAGGAAGAAGCAAGAAGCUUUGAUAUAGUAAAACAUUUUGAGACAUUACCAGAAUUAAUGGAUAGAAAAUUUAAUAGACCACGCGUUGAAACAUUAAAGAAGAUAGCGAUUAUAAAUGCUCCAGAUGAUGAACAUGAAAUUCAAAAAUUAAAUAAACAAAAAUUAAAAAAAUAUAAAGAGCUAAUUGCAAGAAUGGAACGCCAAGAAGAAAAUUUAUAUACAGAACCAAUUAGUAUAGAAUACAGCUUAAAAGUAGAUUCUGAUGAUCCAGUAAUAACAAAAAUAUGUGAAAAUCAAAAUUUGUUGAGAUUUAUUGAAGAAUUUAUACAACUUUUAAAAAGCAAAGGCGUUAAUAUUAGUGCAGGUGAGACACCUCCCAUGUUCCAAGUUGCUAGAUUGGCUACAGAUUAUGAAAUUAAGGAAAAACUUGAAGCGUUAGAUAAUGAAUUUCAGAAAGCAGGAAUUCAAUUUGAUACCGAAACUGCUCAAAAGUUUAUGUUGUAUGCUACGAAAGAAUGGAAAACGACAUCACCAAUUGUGUCACAAAAUUUUGAUGACAUGUAG